UCUUGGCCUAUACACACAUGUAUACAUACACACAGAUAUGCGAUACAUUCAUGUCAAUCUUUUCGUACAGGGACUGCUGAAUGCAUAGUUUUUCGUAUCAAACCAGGAAAUAUCAUAUCACAACUCUAAUUAUACCCAACUACUUCCUAAAAGAGCACGACCCUUUUUCCAUUUUCUUGAUUUUCACCUUCUUGUUUCAUCUUUUUUGGCACCCACCGCUGGGAUUUCAGUGCUCUGUUUUUACUCUGUUUUCAAGAUCGAGUCUUUACCCUGCAUGAAAAUGAGGAUUGAGCCGAACGGGAGCGGCGGGAGGGGGGAAAUGAGCAGUGAAUCGAGGAAGGGGAAGCGGCGGCAGAAGAGGAUUCCUGCUGUUCAGAAGCUUUAUGAGACUUGCAAGGAGGUUUUUGUUGACUGUGGGCCUGGCAUUGUUCCCUCGCCUGAGAAUGUGGAGAAGCUUGCUGCUGUUUUGGAUGGAAUGACUCAAGAAGAUGUAGGCUUGCGGCCAAAUAUGCCGUGUUUCAGCAAGGAACGCGCGCCUAUCAUAACUUAUAUGCGCCUCCAUGAAUGCAACAAAUUCUCAAUUGGUAUCUUCUGCUUGCCCCCGAAGACUGUCAUUCCGCUUCACAACCAUCCUGGAAUGACAGUUUUCAGCAAGCUCCUGUUUGGCACAAUGCAUAUCCGGUCCCUUGACUGGGCGGACAAGGCGGAUGAUUGCAAAACGAUGAGUGCUGUGGAUCCCAAAAACAACAACGGUCUAUGUCUGGCUAAGGUGAAGGUGAAUUCGGAGUUGACCCCACCUUGCAAUACCUCCAUUCUCUACCCAGCCGAUGGGGGCAACAUGCACCGGUUCACUGCCAAGACAGCGUGCGCUGUUCUCGACGUGCUUGGCCCUCCAUACUGCGACCCCGAAGGCCGUCACUGUCAGUACUACCAAGAGCUGCCAUUUCCCCAAAUUUCAGUCGGCGGCGACGUGUCGGUGGAGGUGGAGGAGGAGAGGUUUGCAUGGUUGAAGGAGAUGGAAAAACCAGAUGAUCAUGUGAUUGUAGGAGUGGCCUAUAAUGGUCCUAAGAUAGUGAGGAAGUGAUGAUGG